AUGGUGAAUUGCUUGUUUAGCGGGUGUGCUACCAUAGACACCAUCAGGUCAUCUCUACUCCUCAAAUAUCCUGAAGUUAUAGUGUCCCCUAGCCUCAUCUUCAAAAUGGGUUUUUUAGCCCAGCUAACUCUACCAAUCGCUAUGCUGGAAUAUGGAACAAUCGAGGUUCUUUGGUCGACUCACAUAUCAAAUCUUGCAGUUAAUUCUUCAAGGGCAUAUCUUACUGAUACUGGAAACUUUAUCUUGCAAGGUGAUGCAGCAGGCAGCAUGUGGGAGAGUUUCUGGCAACCUUCUGAUACAAUGGUGCAGGCUAUGGGACUUGAUGUUAAUGGAAAAAGAGGUAAGGGGCCACAGCUAACUUCAUCGGAAAACCCUUCUGAUCCAUCAAUAGGAAGUUCUUCUGUUGAUUGUGAUGCCAAUAGAAUUCCAGAAUUUUUCAUUUGGAAUGAUAGUAAACCAUUGGAGAAGUACUCCAUGGAAAGCAAUACUGGGCUGAGGGGAACUGUGUGCCAGGCAAAGGAGAUGGGUUUUGAAGCUGGAAAUGAUGAAACUGCCAGACUUUCGUAUCUUCCACAUAACAACAAUGUGAAUAAGAUUGUUGGAAUUUGA